AUGGAUCUAUUUGCUGCGCACACCGGCCCCUAUUUCUUCUACGGUACCUUGUCUGAUCCCACUAUGCUCCGCGAUGUCCUUGGCUUGGAAAGUGAACCACAACUUCGACCUGCCACCAUUACAGGUUACGAAUGCAAGGGGGCCAAAAAGGUUGUUUAUGGGGAUGUUUAUCAUGUCGAGACAAAGGGACAAGCGGAGCGGCUUGCCAGCUAUGAAACGGACCAUUAUCGGGUCGAUCCGUGUCGCAUCAACUAUACCGACGGGGAUGAGCCCGAAGAUGACUUUGGUUAUGUUUUCAAAUUCGUCAGCAAUGUCAGAGACUUGAGUGACAGCACCUUUGAUCUGGGAACCUGGCUAAAGAGGGUGAAGAGGGUAGCUGAGGACUCAUCAUGUUGA